CACUAUUUAAACUUGAUAUCAGGCUCGCCUCGGCUCUUAAAAAGAAGAAGAAGGAGAGAGAGAAAAAUGGCGGCUGUACGUUUCCUCGUCUGUGUUGUUUUCUUGGGGCUGGUCAGCCAUUCCGUGGGAUUCCGUCUCGGGUCCUUCUUCAGAGGAGAUUCGUGCUUCGGGGCGCCCGAAACCGUGAAUGAACUCGACGUCCAAGCAUACUUAGGACGAUGGUACCAGGUUUACACCGAUCUUGUUGUGAACGUUACGUUUGAGCGGAACGCAAAAUGUGUGACAGCAGAUUAUGGCUUGAACGCGGACGGGACUAUCUCUGUGUUUAACGCAAACACUGUGGGCACACCCGAUGGGGACUUCAACACCAUUACGGGAACAGCUACUGUUCCCGAUGCAUCUCAACCGGGAAAACUGACCGUGCAAUUCCCGGGAGUCCCGGUACCAGGAGAUUACUGGAUAUUGAAGCUUGGUCCCGUGGUGGGAGGUCAGUACCAGUACUCAGUGGUCAGUGAUUCGAACAAGGCCACCCUCUUCGUUCUGGCCAGGGAUGCCUCUGCGUUCAUGGGAUCAGAUGAGAAGGAGACAGUCCUGGCGUUCCUCAGAGAGAGCGGCUUCAAGUGCUUCUGGAACCGUCCCCAGGAGACCUACCAGUCAGACCAGUGCAACUAUGUCACAAAUUAAAGAAAGUUGAUUAGUCGUUAUAUAGAGCAAGAUCGAAGAAAGAAAAUUCGGGGGCAAUUUCAAUGCUUUUAGCAUAUCCCAUGGAAACUAUGUUCGGAUAACAUAAUACGUCCUUGCAAUGAAUAGCAAAUCAAUAGAUAAAUAAUUAUUGAUUGAUUGAUUGCCGAUUGAUAAUUUCAAAAAUACAUUGAUUGAUUUUACGAUUGACUGAAUGAUUUAUUGGUUAUCAAUGAUCUGAUCUGAUUGGUUAAAUAUUAGUAUGUUAAUUGCCGGAUUAAUUUAAUUUAAGUUAUUCGUUUUUGUUACCAACUGACAAUAUCUAUUCAUUAUAAUAAUGAUUGAGUCAUCGA